AUGCCAAAAAUAUUUGAGUCAGUAUUUGAGGACAAAUUGCCAUCUUGUAAUGCACCAACUCUUGUGUUGUCCUGUUACCGAUCACUUCAUAGGACGCGGCUAAAAGUUUUUAAAGAUGACAUUCUUGCCUUGGAGGCUGGAAAAGAGAGGAUAAGAAAUGAGUUCUUGAAGCACAAAAGUGAGACUGAUCCAUCAAAAAUUGCUGAACUUAUUUCUAUGGCAGAAAGUGCUGAGAAAUUUCUCAGGCAUAAUGUUGUGCAAGGAGUACAGACUGACAGAAACCCCCCCCAUCCCCCAACCACCAGGAAAUUCCAAUCCUUUCUGUGGGGGUUGUAUGGAUAUUUUCUCGAACUGCACAUUUGUAUUCAUGCAAUUUAUUAUGUAUACUUAUUCCUCAGCUUACACACAGAUUUCAUAACAUGGAGAGGGCACUUGACAAAGAUCAUGUGCACACCUUAUGAGACAAGGGAAUCAUGGCAGAUGGCAGCAACACUUCACAAUGAAACCAUCUAUAUCAGUGAGGUAGAAACAGAGGAAAACAAAGAAAGACGUACAAAGAUGGAUGAAAGACAGAAGGAGAUGUGUUACUGGGGUUAUAACUUUGAAAGCUAUGUUACAUCACCAGUGGACAAGAGUCAUCAGAACAAUGGGGCAACAAGAGAAAGUCGUCCUUGUAAUGACAGUGAGGCAUUUAUCACUGUUAUCAGAACCAGGCUUGGUGGCCAUUCUUUGGUGUUUGGAGCUGAAGUGGACUGCUGUGCUAAGGAAGAUGAAGAAGCCCCAGCAAACUACAUAGAGUUGAAGACCUCCCUAAAGCCUCACCAUUACCAUCACCACCAGAACUUCAAACGCUACAAGCUGAUCAAGUGGUGGGCCCAGUCAUACCUUGCAGGUGUUCCAAAAAUCAUCUGUGGCUUCAGAGAUCAUGAUGGCCAGGUCAAAGAACUUCAAACAUACAACACCCUAGCCAUACCAAGACUCGUUCGAGAUGAAGAGGGGCUGUGGGACUCCUCUGUUUGUCUGAACCUUCUGGACAGGUUUCUCACUUGGAUGAAAUCAGUGGUUGUGAAGAACGGUCCAGGUGUUGUUUAUAUGUUCUCUUGGAAACAUCCCUUUGAGGAAAUAACUGUUUCUGAGUUGUCAGACGGAUCUCAUCAUGUCCUACCAGACUGGUAUUUGGAAAGCUCUGGAAAUGUUGCCUCUCCUUGACAAUAAUGACUGAUGGUGCUUGAUGUCACUGGUUAUGAGCAAAAGAAACUUUUGGAUUGUAGUGAACCACUCACAGGGCCAUAGCCAAAAAAAAUUAUAACUGAGGCAAUGUUCAAGGUUAAAUUGCAUACAUGUAGAAGAGUCAAUUUUUAUUUUGGAUUUGCUAAUAAAACUUUUAUAGUUAUU